UGCUGCGCCACAGUUGUAGUGCUUGUGUUUUGUGUCUGUGUUUGCCCGCCCAAUUGUGCAAGGCACGUACUGUAGCUCGGCUGUGAGGCGAUCAGCGCGCAUAGAACGCGCCAUUGCAAUAAAUCAAGCGAAAAGUAUUUAAUUAGCAACAAAAUGCAGCAAAGCGAAAUGUACAUUCGAUGCGCAUUCGAUUGUUAUUGAUUAACACAUCGCACACAGAAACAAGCCAACUAUCGAGUGUGUGUGAGUGUGUCCGUGUGGGUGCUUCGAUCCGACGACAGUUAGUGUGUUACAGGGGUGUGCGCGGAGUACCGUUGCUUAGAUCGUAACACUACGUUCAAAGUGCCGCGCGACUGCAUUGUUUUGACUUUGAUCGUGUGCUAAGACCUCCCUCCAACCCGCUGGCAAGCGCGUGCGUGUCGUAACUUUUGAUUAGCUUUUUUCUUUAUCCAACGCGUCUCGUCUUUAGCCAACGACGCCUAACCGACCAGGAGCUGCAGCUCACCCUUUGGAACAUUGCGCUGCACAUUGUUGCUGCCGCUGCUGCUUUUUUUUUUGUUAUUUUCGUAACUUAUCGCCGCCUACAUCGCAUAAUUUGCUGCAGCUGUUGCCGUUCCGAAGAAAUUGUUUAGGAAAAAAACCUCGAAAAAUGCGUCAAUAACUCAUGUUGUUGGCCAGCUGUUCGAGCCGCACACCUGUGUAACUGAAGGUGUGAUCUCUGUGCUUGUUCGUUAUAUCAUUUGUGAUUUCUGACUUACAAUACGAUUCGAAAAGCUAAUGCGAAAGCGAAUCGACGAGACAACAAAUACGCAACAUUUGCAAACAAAUUACAACAAUAACAACAACAGUAACAACAACAACAUCCGGCAGCAGCAUCCAACAAUAAUGUCAAUUAAUAAAGAGGGCGUGGCCGCUGGCCGCCUGUGCGCUGCCCUUGCCGUGGCUUUCGUCUGGCUAGCUAUGAGCGCCGAGGCACACGUAGCCCUCACGUAUCCACCUGCACGCGCCCUGGAUCUGGAUUUCUUGGACAAUGCGCGCACAAAGGCGCCUUGCGGCAUGCCCAAAGGCUCCAUACGCACCUCGUUGCUGUCGGGCUCCGUGUUUAAUGUCACCUGGCAUUUGGCUUUUGCGCACAAGGGCGGCUUUCGUCUGCAACUCUUGGAUGCGCUUGACAGGCCCGUGCUGGAUCUGACGCCGCAUGUCAACAACUCCGAAUUCGUGACCCCAUCUAUCACCGCUCAAUCUUAUCAGGUGAACAUACCCAAGGAUUUUGAAUGCUUCAAUUGCACGCUGCGUCUGCUGCGCCAGGCGGACGAGUGGUCGGGCAGCUAUCGCUUCUGGUCCUGUGCCGAUGUGGACAUCAAGCAGCGCAAGGACUUCAAGGAGACCUGCUCCGGCAAAGGAAAAUACUUCCCCUCGCGCUGCAAGUGCGAGAAGAACUACUACGGACCGCAGUGCCAGUACCAUGACGAGUGCACCAGCAAUGCAGACUGCGGCGUACAGGGCAAGUGCAUCGAUCUGGAUGCCACCUCGCUGCCACGUCGCCAGUGCUACUGCAACUUCGGCUGGCAUGGCAUUGGCUGCAACAAGCGUUCGCCCUACAAGUCCACCAACCUCGAUCUGACGGCCUACACCAAGAAGGAGCUCUCGCCCGACUACCACAUGUACUGGCGCCUGCUGGAAGAGCAGAAGGAGAUCGAGGUUGUGCUUAAGGUGAAUAGCACCUCUUGGGUGGGCCUCGGCUGGCGUCCACGUGGCAUGACACCCGAGUGCAAGAACUUCCCACUUUUAAGAGACAUUGGAGACUUGACGACAACGCUCGAGAGCACGGCAACAGAGCUGGGAAGCGAGCCAGAACCCAAGAGUGAACCGGAGCCUAAGAGUGAGCCAGAGCCUAAGAGUGAACCGGAGCCUAAGAGCGAACCAGAACCUAAGAGCGAACCAGAGCCCAAGAGCGAACCAGAGCCCAAGAGCGAACCAGAGCCCAAGAGCGAACCAGAGCCCAAGAGCGAACCAGAGCCCAAGAGCGAACCAGAGCCCAAGAGCGAACCAGAGCCCAAGAGCGAACCAGAGCCCAAGAGCGAACCAGAGCCCAAGAGCGAGCCAACAGCCGAGCCCAGCGCCGAGCCGAGCACCAAGACCAAGCGCGUGGCCAAGCAUGAGGAUGAGCUGGCCAACAUAGACGGCGUCACCUCGGUAGCCACUAGCGUUUCUUAUCGCGUUAGCACCAAAUCCGGACGCAGUCGCCGCCAAGCUACAGAGCCUAAUAGCACAGCGGAGCCAAAGAGUGAGCCGGAGCCAACGACAACAAGUGAACCAGUUCCGAAGAGUGAGCCGGAGUCUACCACUCCGGAACCUAAGAGCGAACCGGAACCAAAGAGCGAGCCGGAACCGAAGAGUGAGCCAGAGCCUAAAAGCGAGCCGGAACCAAAGAGUGAACCAGAGCCAAAAAGUGAACCAGAGCCUAAGAGCGAGCCUGAGCCUAAGAGUGAACCGGAGCCUAAGAGCGAACCUGAACCUAAGAGCGAACCGGAGCCCAAGAGCGAACCGGAGCCCAAGAGCGAACCGGAGCCCAAGAGUGAACCAGAACCCAAGAGCGAACCGGAACCCAAGAGUGAACCAGAGCCCAAGAGUGAACCAGAGCCCAAGAGUGAACCAGAGCCCAAGAGUGAGCCAGAACCAAAAAGCGAACCAGAGCCCAAGAGUGAGCCAGAACCAAAAAGCGAACCAGAGCCCAAGAGUGAGCCGGAACCAAAGAGCGCGCCGGAGCCCAAGAGUGAGCCAGAGCCCAAGAGCGAACCAGCGCCCAAAAAGUCUGCAAACCUCCAAUCAGCAGAGCCCAAGUACAAGCUUAAUCCGUAUACUCCGCGCCACGACUUCAAUCCUAUGGACUGCACGGAUGUUGUCAUUGGUGCAGCCCGUGGCAUGGCAAGCCGUGUGGGAGACUAUUAUAGUCGGGAUCGUUCCACUCCACGAGUCGAUGAGGUCUUCGGAGGCAAGUCGAACUUGGAGUUGGGCACUGGCUUCGAAGAGAAUGGCAUGACCACGAUUAUCUUCCGCAAGAAGUUGGUGGCCACCGAUCCCACGGAUCACACAUUGGACGAUGCGCUGACGCAUGUGAUCUGGGCGAAGGGCCAGGAGCCAGGCAGCUUUGUGCAUGUGCCACCAGCUGGCUCUGCUACAGAAACACCAACGCCCAAGGACUUUUAUCAGCAGGACGAGAUCAAAUACCAUGGACACAAUGCACAGCGAGGUGUUACCCAAAUCAACUUCUUUGAGAAAGAAAAAUCCGCCUCGAACAGCGAUCGCAAUGAUCUGAGCACCAACAUGCUGGACAACGAUUGCUAUGGACACUGGAAGUACCCUUCGAACUGCUCGCCUCAGGAGCAUAGCUGCGAGUACUACGCCAGCUGGGAAACGGUGGGACGUGGCGACGAGAUGCGCUGGCACAUCGAGACGUCGAACACGCAAACCUGGACAGGCAUUGGCUUCAGCGAUGAUCAGCGCAUGUCACAGACGGAUGCCAUCAUAGGCUGGGUCGAUGGACGCAGUGGCCGCCCAUUCCUGAUGGACACCUGGGUGCUAGGCUAUGCGCCGCCCAAGCUAGACGAUCGCCAGGAUAUUUACAAUGCAUCUGGUCGCAUCGAGAAGGGCGUGACCAUCUUGGAAUUUACGCGCAAGCGCGUCAGCAAUGACGAACAGGAUUUGUCCUUCACGGACGAUCAUUGUCUCUAUCUGUUCUUCCCCGUGCUGGGCGGCGCCUUCAACGUGGUCAACAAGAAGACACGCAAGCACGAGCAGGUGCCACCCAUUUCGCCACAACGUGUCUGCAUCAAGUCCUGCGGCAAGGAACUGGAAGCUGUGUUCGUGGGCACGAGCACACCAGCGCCCAGUCGUCUGGUCUAUGCCGUGGGCGUUAAGCUUAUGAAUCUGGCUGAAUCCUUUGAGGCACCCAAGCCAGGCACCGUCGACUUCAACAAUCUGGCAGCUACCAUCUCGGACUCCUUCAAUGGCAUACUUUCGCCCAUACCUGGCUACUAUAAAACGGAAAUUAUUGGCUUUGAGAAGGAGGGCAACUCAAUGUUGGCCAAAGUUCAGGCCAUGUUCGACAAGGCCGAUGUGGAGAAGCAGCACACGCUGGACACCAACAAUAUAGAGAAGGGCAGCGAGGCGGCUGUGCAGAAGAAUGCGGAUGCAAUUAAAGCAGCGCUAUUGGAUCAAAUAAACACCGGCAAGGUGGGCUCCCUGACAGUGGAUCCCCAAUUCCUGGACUUCGAGGCGCUGGAAUUUAAGAGUGCCGACGAUAUGAGUGCAAAGGAUACGUUGCUUUCGUUCUUCGAUCUAUCCGAGACACGUUUGUAUAUUGUCUUAGGUCUGAUUGCAGCUUUGGUGCUUAUAGCUCUGAUCCAAGCCUUCUGCACCAUCUUGAAGACCUCGCGCAAGAGCAAGAGUACGAAGGAGAAACUCAUACAGAACUCCCCAUGGAAGGAGUUUGCCUCGAACACGAACUACGCAUUCGAUCCGUAUGGCGAGACCGAGGAGAAGCACAUGACCAGCAGUACAGCGGCCAAGGAGAAGGUACGCAAUCGCUCCACAGCCAGCAGCCAACAGACCACCCUGCCGAUGUCCCACUCCCCCACAAGUAAAUCCCAAAUGUACUACGAGAGUAAUGGCAACGGCAAUGGCAAUGGCAAUGGCAAGCAUGGCAGCAAUGGCAAUCGUUCCUCUUCGAACGGUCGCCAUAUGGUGCAGGAGAGCAGCGUGGGUGGCAGUGGAAGCACUGCACCCGGACCCUAUUCACGUGGAAGCUAUGCAGAGCGUGCCUAUUCGCUGCCCCGCCAGAAUCAGCAUUACCAGCAGAGCUCGGCAAAUAUGCAGCCCUCCGGCUACUAUACGCAUGAUCGACGUGCGGCGCGCCAGGAGCGGGAGCGGGAGCGUGAACGAGGCGAUGAGCGACGUCCGCGACAUGAACGCGAUUCCAGCUAUGAUAGGUCGCGCGAUGAUCCGCGCUUGAACGGUGGCUCUGAUACGCCAGACUUUUACUUUAUGCCGUCGCAACGCAAGUACUCCGGAGAGGUGGUGCGUGUCUAUGUGGACUACAACAAGGAUCCAAAGCACUAAACAACAAAAAAGCAAACACAACGUCCAUUGAGACAUACAAAAUGAAGAGUGCAUACACAAAAGAGCAAAAAGUAUCAGCUUAUUUAAAAAUCUUGUUUUAAGUCCUUUCUUCGAGCUAUAUAUUCCGUCCUUCUAUCCGGCCCACUGCUGCUUCUCGUUUCGAUUGCCAUAAAGCAGUUUCACUGCAUGCGUUUUUACGUGAGGGACUUCCCCUUGAUUUCACAUUAUUAUUUUUCUUGGUGCGUCAGCUUUAUCUAAACGCACAAAGUUAAUUUAAAUGCAGUUCAGGAAAUGUUUUAAAACAAAAAAUAUCCACAAUUUAGUAAAUUGUAAAUAUUUUGCAUAGAAUAUAAAUGUCUGAACAAGUAUUGAUUCAGGACUU